AUGAUUGCUGAAAACAUGGCAAUAUCACCGUAUCAAUCAACCAGUACCGUUUACUCGACCACCCAAUGCAUCCGUGACAAAUAUGAGGUGUUCUCGAUUGAUCCAGACAGUGCAUCUGCGUCUGAUGCAACUCGACUGGUAUAUGUAGUUGGGUCUGUGUGCAUGCGAUUGAUCAACAGCGAUUUGUCAGUGUACACGCAGACCAACAAUUUGCGUGGUAUCAGUCCAAUCCAAACUACUGGCAGGGCAACUCGAGGUAAUAUGAACUCGAUUGGAAACGUUGACUUUUUCACAUUGAUGGACGAGAUGCGACAAACAGUCAAAUACCUCACCAUGCAAGUUGUAUCCUUGAAAACUGAUCUGAUCGCUGUGACUAGCGCAUUUGGACAGUUGCAGAGCCAAACCAAUGACAUUGUUGUCAUGAUGACCAAACACGACAAUGUCAUUCGAUCAUUACUGUGA